AUGAAGCUCUUUACAUCAUUAUUAUUCGCAGCGUCUGCAUCAGCAGCAGCAAUCACCAGCCGUCAGAACGGGCAGAGUACUCUUCAAAAGGGCGCACAAACGCUCGUCCUCAAGGAAGUUGGCGGAAUUCCUGGCAACGAGUGCUUGACUUUCCGCAAUAAUGGCGAGAUAGUGGAUGCAGCCUGUGUUAACACCGCGGCUGACCGUCAGCUUACACCUUCCACUAUUGGCGGCGCAAACGUGCUUGCAGUGCAGCGGUCAUUCUCCAACGGUUUCCGCCCCGACCUUGUCAAUGCGCAAGCAUGCGUUGGCUUCAAUGGGACACACUUUAAAGCACUCGACUGCGCAGAUCGUAACCUGGACCCUGUCAGUCUUCAGAAUGGGAAGCUUGUGAGCGCAAGUGGUGCAUGCCAAAGCGGACAUGACAAUGCAGCUCAGAUCACGGUGGACCCGAGCGGACAGAAGUGUGCUCAAUUGACCAGUACAAGAGUACAAGCAACGGCGACAUAG